AUGUCCAUGCCCUGGGCAGCUCUGGCCUGGGCCAACCGGAGCUGGGCUGACGACUUCGUGCUGUUGGGCUUCGCGCACGUGCCCGCGCUGCGGCCGCUGCUCGCGCCCCUCUUUCUGGUGAUGUUCCUGCUCACGCUGCUGGGCAACGCCCUCAUCGCCACGCUCACCAGCCUGGAUCCGGCCCUGAGCGCGCCCAUGUACUUCUUCCUGCGACAACUGGCGCUGGUGGAAAUCUGCUUCUCGCUGGAUGUGGCGCCCCGCCUGCUGCUGAGCCUGCUGCGGCCCGGGAGCGGCGUGUCGCCCGCGGGCUGCGCCCUGCAGCUGCUCCUGGUGCUGUCUUGCGUCACGUCCGAGUGCUUCCUUCUUACUGUCAUGGCCUGGGACCGCUACGUGGCCAUCUGCAGGCCCCUGCGCUACAGCGCUGUCAUGAGCCCGCGCCUGUGCAACAUGCUGGCCGCCGCCUGCUGGGUGGCCGGAAUCCCCGUGGCGCUGGUCUUCACCGUGUGGCUCUUCAGUUUCCCCUUCUGCGGGCCCCGCGGUGUCCGGCACUUCUUCUGUGACAUUGCGCCCCUGCUGAGCCUCGUGUGCGCUGACACCAGGGUCUUCGAGACCAACGUGUUGGCGGCCACAGUGCUGGUCAUCAUGGUUCCCUUCUGCCUUAUCGCCACGUCCUACGGCAGGAUUCUGGUCACUGUUCUGCAGAUGCCAUCUGCCAGCGGGCGCCACAAGGCCCUGUCCACCUGUGCCUCCCACCUCUUUGUGGUGAUUUUGUUUUAUGGCACCACGGGGGUGAUACACUUGCAACCCAAGGCCAGCUACUCCCCGGAGAGCAAGCAGGUGGUGUCCCUGUCCUACACCCUGGUGACCCCCAUGCUCAACCCCCUCAUCUACAGUCUCCGGAACAAGGAGGUGAAGGCUGCCCUAGGGCGCAUGUGUUGUGGGCACCAGGGGAUUGGACCCCAUAAAUGA